ACGGCCCCAGCCCAUUGGCCGAGAUGCCGGAGCCAAUGAGAAGGCGCGGUGUUGGCGGGGUCAUAAGAUGGCUGCCGGGCGGCCGGCUCCUGACGGAAGAAGAGAUGUGGAGUGGGCUGCUACCUCCUGGCCUAAAUGAAAGUGAUAUUGAGUUGAAUUCUGAAGAUGAAGCCCCAUUAAAGAACUCUGGACUUAACUUACAGGAAGAUAACGAAGAUGGGGCCAUUACAAAAACAGAGAUCUCAGAUUUCCCUACAGAUGGACCAAAACCCGACGUGGAGGCAAAUGUAAAUGCCUAUGAAGAGUGCCCCUCUGGAGUUCCCUUCAAUAUGUGGAAUAAAUUUCAAGAAUUGCAUAAAAAACAUUCUGAACAGAAAAGCUCAGCAUCAGGAUUCAGAAGAAGGAAGAGAAAACGCUCCAGGAAAGGUAAAUUGAAGAAUGAAGAAGAGUCUCAAAGUGCCCAGACCUCAAGUGAAGCCCAGUGGAAGGAGCUUACUCAGUAUUUUGGAAUCAAUGAUAGGUUUGACCCCCCUGUUAAAAAGAAAAAAAUUGACAAGUCCGGCCUUGAAAAGAGCAUCGACCAGGCUGUGGAAGAGUGGGACAUCGAGAAGGCGGAGGAACUCAGCAACCAGCUGGCCACGCGAGAGCUUGGUGUGAAAAUUGCUAAAGCGGUUGCCUGCCACAACUUUGUAAAAGCCAAAAGGGAUGCUGAAAAUUCACAGGUUGCUCGAAAAAAGAAGAAGCUUGCAUGGGGGUUUGAAGCAAAGAAGAGAUGGGAAACCAAGAGCAACAUGGGAUAUAUGUAGCUUGCCAGCGUUCCUCAAGGCAUUUGAGUCUUCACUUGGGCUUUUCUUUGCGUCUUCAGCUGCUCGAUUGACUGAGAAGAUACUCCUGCCGAUGUUAACUGUGUCAGGGAACUGCCAGAAGCCAGAAACAUAAGCGUAAAAUGUGGGGUUUGGUUAUUAAACCUUUUUAGUCUUUUUCUAGAGAGUUCAUUCUGUUGACACGAAUGAGGCGGAGCAUUCUGUUAUUUGUGCACGAAAUCGAAGUAUACGUACCAGGAAGAAAGAUAGGAUUUUGUUAAUUAUUUAUUUAUGUAACCCUCCAGCAUAAAGUCAGUUUUACUUUUCGUCUGUUUGGUGUAGCAUAGUCAGUGAGCUCCUCGUACUUCCUUAUCUGUCCCCAGCGUACCUGUACUUCGUCUGCAGUUGUGUUUGUAAGAUUGGCGUUUGUUUACGAAGGAUUAGUCGUAAGUGCGAGAACGUCUCAACCGAUACUUUUACAGAUGACUUGAAUUAUCUUAAUAUCAUAAAAGCAAUUAUUGGUUCUUUAUUGGAGGGAAUAGAGUUGAUAUUUCCCAAUCAAAUGAUGAAAGCAAUUGAUUAAUUUUUGUAUACCUUGAGAUAAAAUACCAUAAUUUUAAGAAGGGCAGAAAGUAGUAUUUGGAGGAGGAUUUAACUUUAGCUCGGCCUGGAAAUGUCCCCCUAAAUAUCUCUCUCAGCCUUGUUGUUCCUUAAAUUGUGAUACGGCUCUUAGGAGAGAAAAUGGCACAACCGUACUAGCCAGUUACGACUACCUCCAGACAGUAUAACUUGGAACCUUCCAGGAACAUAGUUUGAUUAUUUUUACUCCUCUUCCCCAUUCCUUCUUAAAAGGUUCGAGGUGUUAAUGAGGGUGAGGUGGAUCGGUGCCGGGGGAAGUAGUUGUUCUUAGAAGAUGUGUGUUUCAUAGGCCUUCCUAGAGGGGCUUUGAGAAAUCCCGUAAGAAGCUGGCAAAUAGGCCUGGACGUUGGCUGGUUUGGCCCCUCCCUGCCCAGCGCUUAGAAGAGGGAAGAAUUGCCCAUCACAGCUUUUGGCCGUUCACCUGCCUUCCUCAGCCUCCGCCAGAGGGUUUCUAGCUGUCUGGUGUAAACUUGCUCGGGGUUGAGAAUAUAAAUUCAGGAACACAGAAAAUGAGUCAUGAUGAUCGUUUCAUUAUUAUUACUUUGUUAUUUUUAGACUUACAGUAGCAACAAAAUUUUCAUAACUUAUGGUAGCGUGUUUGAUGUUUUUUCUGUGUUCUGGAAUAAGUCAAUAACCAGUUGGUAUUUAAGAGAAUAAAAAUCCUAUCUUGCUUCCGCUUCGGUGAGAAAAGCCAGUGUGGAAAAAGCAAGAUUUUAGGAGGUUGUGUUUCUGCUUACAGAAUUCAUCACGAAAAGGUGUCCAGGCCAAAUACUGGAAAAUCUCAUGUUUUAUGAUUUAAUAUCUCCUGUUGCGUUUACCCACGACAUUACAUUUCAAACUCCUAAUAGGUGAAUACAGACUGACGGUAUGGGAAUCUUUUCCCUAAAAAAAUCCAUCGUGGGGGACAUGCCGUUACACGGUUCGGUGUUUUGUCUGAAACAGGAAGAAGCUGUUGUUGGGCAGGCGGGUGGGGUAGACGUUUGGGCACACCGGGCCCGGAGACAGCAUCUCCCUGCAGCCUCUGCCUCAUUUUCCUUCUCCUGUGUCCCCUUCUUGAGAGCAUUUAGUGACCCUUGCAGGCAUGUUUUUACCUCUGCUCAUGCUGAGGCCUUGCCAGAGUGGCCUCUCUGGGGGCCGAUCAGGGAGCCUGUGGCCCGAAGUCCAGGCAUUGAAGCCCUUCUUCAGCCUGUCCCUCGCUGACAAUUGCCCUGCCCCGCCCUGCCCCGGGGCUCGGACACACACGGAGCAUUUGAACCCGGUGAAGGCGCCUUGGUGGAAUGGGAUGUAGCAGCGGACUCAUUAGAUGAGGGGAGCCGCAUCUCAUAAGUCUGCAUUUUUGGGGGGACCUGGUUUGUGAAAAGCUCUAAAAUGUGGUACAGCAGGUGGAGUGGGGGUAAGAGAGGGGUUCGGGGGAGAGGAAGGGGCUGGGUGUCUUUGAUUGACCCUGCUGACAUGUCAUUUGGGACCAGUUUUAUUUUACCAGCUUUAAUUUGAAUUAGACAUUUUGCUCAGUAAAGCAAUAAAAUGGGAACAUUAUUCUUAGAGCACCCAUGUUGCCCAAAAAGCAUAGUCAUUUGUCUUCUCCAUCUGUCCACAGUGAAAUGAGGAUUCUUUUUGGAUCAGUAAUAACUUCAGUUCCUGAAGCUUCAGCAUGUGCGUUUACUACUGCUCGAGUGCCUGAAUUAGAUGAGGGGUGUAAACGUCAGUUAUUGUUAACUGAGAUUAAUAUGUUGCAAGUCGUUGGUAUGGCAUUAACGUAACUAUGAUUUACUGUUUAAGUACUUCAGGCUAAAACAACUUACUAAGGAACAGUAAUUUUGAGUUUUAUAGCGCUGGUUCUGAGAAGUAAACUUGGUAGUGUGUUCUUGUUGGGAGCCCUCAGGAUGUUUCUGAUUUUCAGCAGAACAUUCUAUUUCUUUCACCAAAAGGAGAGUUUGGAUGUAUAAUCUCAGGUUUGCUAUAAUUAGUUCUGAUGACAGAGUUAAAUACCUUGGCCAAAACUGUAAAUCACUAGUUAAACAGGUUUCUGCAACUGAUCAUAAAUCUCAAACUCCGUAUUUUAAGCACACUUUUUUUUUUUUUUUUAGAGAGGCAGCUACGGGAGGGGCAGGCCAGGGGUGGGAAUAAAAUGUUAUCUGAACUUUGAGUAACAGGCUAGAACCUCACAUUUAAAAUCUACUGAUUUCCCUGAUACCUUUGGUCUAAAAUGCUCUCUUUUCAGUAUUUUAAUAACAUAGCUUAUUGUUUACGCUAAGACAAGUUUGAGUUUAAUUCUUAAAAUAUGAAAGUUAAUUUUCAAAAUGUCCAAAUUUCUGUUUGUUAGGUAAAGAUACCACUGUUUUAGAAAUGUUAUGUCCUGCUAACCUAUAAAAAGUACCGUAUGAGGUUGAUAUUUGAGUAAGAUGCCAAUUGUGUGUGUGUUUUUUUAUGAGAUAAGGCUUGGGGGAAACAAGGUAAUGUUAUGUCAGACCUCAUUUUGGAAAAUUAGCUUCGUGAAACCCAGUAGUCAAAUUCAGAACCAACUGAAACAAUUCAAGUUUUUCCAUGUUGGCAGAAGUUGCUUUUAUUUUUAGUAUCUGGCAGAGCAACAAAUGCUUUGCAUGUCAAUUUAAUAUUUUUUCAAGCCAACUGUUUAUUCAUUGGCUUAAAAUUUACACUCUACUAAAAGUCUUAGUCCUGACUUUCAUGAAACAAAUAGUAAUAUUUGGACAAAAUAUGUACACGAAAAUCUUUUUCCAAAACCAAAUGUAGAUUGGUAUUUGUGGCAUCAGGGCCUUUUACAUGGUAAUGGAUCUGAAAGCACUUUGAAAGUCUAAAGCAUUAGAAACCCAGGGCAAUGAAUUUCAAGGAAUUAAUUUUUAUUAUGAAGUAAUCAGAGCAUCUUUCUAGGUUUUCAGAUUUAAAUUAGUGAGAGGCUUUCUGCCAGAAAGUGGAAUAUAUGUUAGAGUAAAUUUCAACGAACUAUCAAACGAUUGCUUUAUCAGCAUGUAUCUAUUCAUGACCUCUGUAGCAUACUGAGACAAUAAGACCCAUAUUCCAUUUUUGAGGUUGGGAUGUUCUCUAUAGAUUUUGAUAAAAUGAGCAGAACUGCAUUCUUUAGUCUUUAUUAUUUUAUCCUCCUUCCAUACUACUCACCUUGAAAGAAACACGCACACACGCACGCACUCUCAGCGUUGAGCUGUCCUCCGCAUCGAGACUCGGUGUGAAAGGGAUUUGUGACUCCCGUCAAGAACGUGGCAGUCAGUAUAUAGCCAAUCUAGACGGCCAUGGAGACACUGAGAAAGGAGCCCCCAACCCAUUGUGCGCCAGCGUUAAAACGAAGCGUGUUGCUUCUUCAACAGUUUCUCCUUCUGAGUAGAAGGAGAUACGUGUUCGUUUUGCUAGCAUUUCUUCAAAUACAGUGGUGCCAUCAGAGUAGCUUCCUGCCACGCCGGCCCCUGUGGUCUUGAUCCCUGGAACACAACUACAGGCCUUCGGGGAGACUCUCCGUUAAAUGCCAUGCAGUCUGCAGUGUUUUCAGACGUGCUUGUAAAAUGAAGAAUUAGCUGAGGGAUACUUCUCUUUUUAUUAGUGUUAGUAGCUGCUUUUUAGAUUUGUUAGAAAAGGCAUAAAAAUGUUCCUUAUUGAGAUGACGUUUUUAAAACAUUGAAUUUAGGUACCUGCCUUUUAUAUCCAGAACAGGUUUCUUAAGGAGGUGCAGAAUGAAAGGGGAUGGAAGGAGAGCAGAGGGUAGUGCCCAAGAAAAACCUUGGCUCCUGGGUGCUCCUAGGCCCGGUUUGCGUUGUGCCUACUCCCUGGCAUUGCUCUAGAAGCCCCGGCCCGAACCUCCUCCAGGGGCCAUGGGCUGCCUCUUGCUGAAUUGCUGCAGGGGGCCUGCUGUGUGACAGGUAUGGAAUGAGGUAAUCUUUUCCCACCUCUAAUUUCUGAAGGGUGUGUCUGUCCAGUUAUUACUUGUUCAUUGAACUUAAAGGUUUAGGAACCAACAGCUACAGUACAAGCUGUAAUUAUUGAUGUCUGUUUCAUAUUCAUCUGUAAGCUCUGGCAUCUGAUCAAGAAGUUAAUAUAUCACUUCAUCUUCAGGCUGAAUGUGCCUCAGCUAUAAACAUUUUAUGGUUUGACGGAUAGUGUAUAAUUAUGACUGCCCAGAAUACAAAGUUUUCAUUUGUAAUGUGGUAAUACUAGAAGAAGUAAUUAUGAAUGUCACAGGAGUAGUGAAACAAUGAAGCCUUCCAUUGCUGUGAAUUCCUCCCUACACAAUAUCUAAGAAACAUUUACUGAAUACCUACCGUAUGCCAGACAGCACGCUACCUCUUGUGGCUGCAAAGAGGAAUAGGCACAGUCUGAUGGGAAAUAUUUGUAACCCGUGUUUUAGACAACUUGAUUUUUACCUGUCUGUGGCUUUUUCUUUGCCAGAUGCAAAGGAAUGAUCUACAUGUGAUAAGUCACCUGAACUUAAAAGUUUGGUCCCAUGGGUGGGCACGCUUUGUCUCUAGGAAGGAGUUUCCUGGAGGGCAGCUAGCUAGGGCUCUCUCGCCAGCCUAGUGACUGAUCCGCACGUGCCCACCUCACGGCGAGUGGUGUUGACCCCUGAGUUUCACUGUUUCCUUGACUCGCUACAAAGGUGAGGGUCAUCGGCGGAGUUAGGCUCGGGAACGCAUGCAACUGUUUUUGCCCAGUACUUGGUAAUUUUAAGCUUUAUGUUUUUCUGAAAUCGCAUCAACGCGUCCUUUAUGUUAGAAUGGCUGCACCCUACUGUCUACCCGCGUUAGGGCGACGUCAACUACUGCAACGAAUAUGCAGUAUUUGACUCAGCACAGUAGAGGUUUAUUUCUUGCUCGUGGGACAAAGGAGGCUUCUGCCCCACGUAGGCCUUGAGAGAGCCAGGCUGACGGCAGCUCUACCACCUUCUCGACCUAGUAACCCUGGUGUCCCCGUCUCAAGCUGGAAGGGAAACGAGCACGGGAGAGCGAGCACUCGCGGGGAGUUUGGGGCCCGGCCUGGAAGCGGAACACGUCACUUCUCAGUCUGCACUGGCUGCAGCUUCCUUAAGCCACCACGCCUAACUGCAAGGGAGGCAGUGACAUGCAGACCGCCGUUUCUCAAGAAGAGGAAACCUCUUUUAGUAAAUACUCAGCAGCGUCUGCCACGUUGCCUCAGUCACAAAUGACCCCGACUUGGCGUGGUAACUAAGUUCCGCCGAGGCGUGACGUUGACUAGCACCAACUGCUCUUUGUGAUUCGAUGUAGGCAUUUUCACUUGGAUGUGUUGACAGAGCUGAUCAAAAUAGCCAGUCAGCUACCAGGUGAUGUGCGUGGCAGAGGCCCCAAGGACGGACCAUGAUGUAGAAGUGCUAGAGUAGAAUUAUGUGCUCAGCGAGGCUCACACGAGGAUGUUGCCGCCUGCGGAGAGUCAGUCGAGGCUUCGUGGCCGAGGCGAUGUGCGGCGGAAGUCGUAAAGGGUACCUGGGACCGUACCCGGGAGACACCGUUGAAGCGUUGAGCACCCCAGGCAGGAGGAGCCGCGAGGCACACUGGAGGCUCCCCGGGGAGUUGAGCGGGGGGUGGGGGGGUAGCGUGGAGUUUGGAGGUCAAGCAGCUGUGUGACGACACUAGAGAGGGUGGCUGGAACGCGCUUGCCCAGCUUGUGAGACACGCUAGAAAGUUUGGACUGAGUCUCAGGAGCGAGGGGACAUGCACACGUACGAAGCGAGCGAGAAAUAGGCCAACUCACCUAUGAGGAAAUGGUGGGUUGGAAGGUCAAACAAGGUAGGCCGGUUAGGUGGUCUCUGUAGCCCGGGGAAGAGAUGAGAACCUAACCCAGGGCUGUGGGAAUGGACAGCGUGAAUCCCGGAGGUGUUCGGGCAGCAGACUUGAUAAGACAGGGUGACCAUGUGGGGUGGGCGGGGCGUGGGGAGGGGUGGGUGCCUCUGGAUGGCCGUGUGGCGUGAGGAAGUAAUGUAGGUCAUUUUUAGCAACUUACUCCCAUUUAGUCUUGCCAAAUCUGACAUCUGGUAGUAAGUCACCUUCAGCGGUGUAGGUGGUGGAAUUUCACUGUGUCGGGGUGCCUGUGGAUACCUCUGAGCCAUCAGCAAGGACCCAGUGCGGGGAGGGCUGUUAGAGUCAACAUCAGAGGGCCCGGGUAUUGUGGCCAAAUCCAAGAUCAAGGCAUGAUCACAAUAGACGGUGACUUUGUUCCAGUUUUCCUAGCAGUGAUGUCUCCUAUGUCUUAUGGAAGUUCUUUUUAAAGGUGUGUGCUUCUGGAAAAAACCUGUAAGGGAGGGAGUGACAUCGGCAUGGAAGGGAAAGAGCCAGUAGAGCCUUGGCUCUGUGAACCACCCCCACCCCGCCCUUGCAGCAAAGGAGCCGGCCUCUCCUGCCCUCGUGUCGGUCAAUCAGGCUCUAUGGGGCAGAGGGGCAUUACUUCCCGGGGCAAGGUGGCCUCCCUCAGUGGUGGGCAGUUCUCCAGAAAGGGGGACCUGUUAGCAGCCUAAACAGCAGCUGGGGAUGGACACACUGACCCAGUAAAGGGGAGAUACGAGGAAUGUGAGUAUGUGUGUGGGUAUGUGCACAGACCAUCGUGGGCGGGGCUUUCGGCCCAGGUCUGUCCAAGGGAGACUCUUUGGACAAUCAGUGUGGGGUGUUGGACUUGAGGUCAGAGGAUGUUAAUAAUCCACACCUUGCCCGGUGACCUGAGUAAAUGAGAAUCGAUGGUGCUGAUAGGCCUGAUAGGAUUUCAAAUCCAGCAGGCUUCCAUGUUGCACUAAGUGUUGGGAGUAUUGAUUCCAAGAAUAAGUUAAACCCUUUAAUAACCGUCUCUGAGAUACUAUGUAAAUUAGUGAGCUGUUUGAAGAUUAAAAAAACAAAACAAAACA